AAGGUAAAAAAAAAAAAAAAUAUUGUAUUCUAUUUAUUUCAUAUUAAUAUAAAAAAAAAUACUAGUAAAGGGAUUGGAUGGAAUUUGAAGUAGCGGAAAGGACAAGUAUAUGGGCCGAUGAAGUCCAAUACAAAACCGAAGGGGCAAUAAGUUUGUUAGAAAAUAUAAACAAAAAACGACGUAGUUUGAUGGAAGCCCGCGUUGGCGAAAAUUUCAAAUUAGCAGAGACGAAGGAAGAAAAGGUUGCAGAGAAGAAGAACAUGGGUUUGGGUUGUGAGGUUGAAGACCAUCUUCAUCGCCUUCGCUCCGAUCUUUCUUCUCUUCUCCAUCAGAUUGACGAGCUUGUCGUGCAAGCCAUUGAAGUGAACAAGAAGAAGAGAGUAAGCAAAGAGGGCAAAUCAAAAAUCGAGUCUUUCUCCCGUGUCCUUUCUGACAUGCUCUCUUCUCUGAAGCCAUGGGUACCCAAAUUUCAAAAUGCACUUCAGCCUGAGGAAGCAGACACAGUUUCUGAGGAUGAAAUCAGAGAGUGUGACAGUCCUGAAGAGACAACCUUAAACUUGGUGUCUCCUUCGCCCCUUGUUUCAUGGCGUGCCAAUUGUACUGUCGAGAGAGGUAGACAAAUGUUCAUGCUAACACCUCUUCCAUUAUCAUCCAAACACCACCAAAAACAACCACUUUUCCCUCCUCCCUCCACAUCAACCAAUAGUGUUGUAGUGAAACCAACCCCAAUUAAGCAAAUGCCAAGCAAUCAAGAUGGAUCCAUCCUUGUUAUGAUGACUCCUUGCUUGAAAAUGUCGCCUCCUAAAUCCUGCAUUUUGCUUGAACCCAUAUCCGAAAUGCAUCAUUUGGGUGAUAACAAGGUUCGCAAGGCCACUCCCUAUCCUGUUGGGGUUCAUUUCAGUGAUUCUGAGGAUUCUGAGUCUCCUGGUGGUGAUGGUUUGGCAUUGAUGUAUCCGGAGCUCCUUGGUAUAAACGGUGUUUCAAAGGUGGGAAUUGGAAAGAAAACAGUGGAGGCCUCGCCGGAUUGGUUUACCUCGCCUCCUAAAACUUGCGUUUUGCUGGAGCCACCUGAUGAAAAGUUUGAUGGUCACUCACGUGUACAGAUAACUGGCAACAUUCUUAAUGAACAAGUUAGCAAGGUUAAGGAUGAUGAUGAUGAUGUUUCCAAGGAUCAUAAUCAAGCCAAAAAAAUGUGUAAGCAAGAUCAUUUCGUUGGCAACUUAUCACAUAUAGAGAGCACUCCCAUGCCUGAAAGCUCGUUUCGAACAGGGAAAGGUCCUGGUGAAAAUACUUUGAAGAAGGAGUUAUGGACAAAGUUUGAGGCAGCAUCCAGUUGGGGGUGUCAACCCAAGUUGCACACCGUUCAAAAAAAUACUCAGAAAGGGUUUCUUGACCUGCUGGAAGAAGCUUCCUGUGAUGAAUAAAUUAAAGAUAUGAAAUUGCCAAGAAAUAAUCUCUCAUUGGAAAAUUUUGAAGUGUAAAUGCUGGUUUAUGUUGUAAGAUUUGUAGCUAGCAAAGAGGCCUGGUGUAUUCCAUUGGUGUUAAAUGUGCAUUUUGUUAUUGUCUCUCA